GUAAACAGUGGGUUUUUCAAAGUAUUUUAAGUUAAAGAAUAUUCAUAGGUUUUGCACCGAUAACACUUUUUUCCAUUCUUGAUACAAUACUGAUAUCGGAGUUGUGUGUAUCAGCCAAUACUCAGUAUGGAUCCAGUCAGUAACCCACUCUCACAUUUACAGUUACAGUUAUAUAGCGCUUUUCUAGACACUCAAACCGCUUGUUGAAAUCUCCUCAACCACCACUAGUAGUAGCAUCCACCUGGAUGAUGCGACGGCAGCCAUAGUGCACCAGAACGCCCACCACACACCAGCUGUUAGUGGAGAGGAGAGUGAUGUAGCCAAAUCAGAGAUGGAGAUUAUUAGGGGGACAUGAUAGAGAAGGGGCAAUGGGGGAAUUUUACCAGGACACCGGGGUUAUACCCCUACUGUUUUACGAUAAGUGUCCUGGAAUUUUUAAUAACCACAGAGUGAGGACCUCAGUUUAGCGUCUCAGCCGAAAGACUGUGGUUUUUUUACAGUAUAGUGUCCCCAAUCACUGUACUGGUGCAUUAAGACAGGCCACUGGCCAGGUACUGGCCAGGCUCAACCCUGCUUAGCAUCAGUGGGACACCAGGCCAGAACUGCAGAGAGAUAUGACUCUAGCAUAAAAUGUGCAAUGAAGAUGAGUUCACAUGCAUGUUUGCCAGGGUCACAGGUGAGCCUGAAGCCUAUCCCAGGGGACUCGGGACACAAGACCCUGAACAAGAGAUUGUCCAGUUUCAGAAGAUAGUGGGUGGACUUAUUGAAAUGGUGGAUGAAUUGGCCAAGGAAGCAGAAAGAGAAAAAAUGAAGGCGAUAGGUGCUAGAAAUCUGCUGAAAUCUGUUGCUAAACAACGAGAGGCUCAGCAGCAACAACUACAGGCUCUAAUUGCAGAGAAGCGGAUGCAGCUGGAAAGGUACAGAAUUGAAUAUGAAGCUCUCUCCAAAGUCGAAGCGGAGCAAAAUGAGUUCAUUGACCAGUUUAUGCUGCAGAAAUGAUCAUCUUUUCUUCAGCGUUUUGGCAAGAGGACAGAAAACUAUGAUGCUAUGCGUCUCUUUGACAGUGACUUCGCUAAUGAGAAGUGGGAUUCUCUCUUCAUCUGUUUCAAUACGUAAAUUUAACAACCUCAACAUAUGACUAGUUCCUGGGGUUACAAAUGUAAUGCAUCUGUUCAACAAUAAGGCAUUAGAUACAAGUAUUUAUAUAAAACAGAACAUAUUUAUACUAUUUAUAACAGAAUUAUUCUGUAAAUCUUAUUUUAAUACCUCUUUUGCUACCAGGUAAUAAAUACAGUAUCUGCAUGUUACUGUAAAUAAUUACAAAAACCAAGACUUAAGUGUUUUGUUAUCUGUAUAUUUUGUAUCCUUUUUGUGAUUCGAACACUUUGAUUUUAUUGCAUCUUUAAUUUCUCGACACCCUGGAUUGUUCAUGGGACCACAAAAUGAGGUGCAUUUAAAGUUCAGGAAAUUUUGUAACCAAACAGUGCAUUUAUUUACAAAAUAUUAUUAAAUACUUACACAAUA